UCGGCCAUCGCCGUGGUCCUAUCGACGUCCUGUCACACCUCAUCCGCCCAGAGAAGAGCACAACACGGCCCCCCCUACAAUUGGCAACACAGCGCGUGACCGCUUGUUGAUUGCAGCCUUGCCCUGGCCAUGACUGGCGGCGCAUUCCCGGUGACGACCAUUGAGCUCAAGCCCAGCGCCUCGUUUUCCGUCCUUUGGUCCUUCCCUUCUCCCCACAUUACAGUAGCUUCAGAUUUUGGUUUGGCUGACAGAUACCAAUGCCCAAAUUCCAACCAGUCCUACAACGUUGUAACUCCAUGCCGAGGCAACGAAACGGCGAGGGCUAUUCGUGAAUCGUUCCCUUCUUUUUUCUUCUUUCCCUCUAUCAUCCAGAUACCGCGUGUUUGGCCCUUGAAUUCGAAGCUGUUCUGGCUCCUUUCCACUGCCCGAUGCUCAGGGGCAGCUUCUGUCAGCCCUAACCCUGAUGCCCGCGCUUCCUCUCGCCUCCUUCACUCCUCUCCGUGUCGUCGGCCGAACCGUCGCCAACACAUCCGACCCGCUCGAAGGGUUUCAAACGGUCAUUUGCAGUUGGCCACUGAGCGGACAGUACGGUGUUGGCACCAGGAUACUAUACUAUGUCCUCGUGGCAGCCUGCUUGCUCGCUCGCAAGACAGAAUGGCUCCGAAACGCUUGUCUGGCUGCCGCCCUCACACUGCCGGCCAUUGCCGCCAUCCACGGCAUCGUUCUCGCGGCGCUUCACGUUGACGGCGCGGUCGAUAUGGAUAUCUAUGGCGCUUUUCAGCUGUGCGCAAUCGGCAUCUUGACGGCUCCAGCAAGUGUUCGUCUCUCCAAGACAUAUUUCAACUUGGCAGGGCGGAACGUGAUGUUCAUUUGGACCAUGCUUGUGGUUGCUGGCCUUCUGGCACUGACUGUCGAGUUUUUCCGCGCCCACUCGAGCCCAUGCAUUGACGAUGGUUCUGGCCACCCGCUUUAUCACGGCUCCAUGUUUCCUUAUGGCAACACCACCUGCGGCCUCUUUUGCUCUGUCGAGCGAGGCCCUUCCUCUCCGAUGAGAAAGGGUUCAGCCGACAAUAUCUACGUCAUUCCAACACCGCAUGUUUUCACAUUUGGCGCUGCCACACUCGUCGCCGCCGCCUGCUGCGUGCCUGGAAUUCUGUCCAUGGUAUCAACAUGGGACAAGAUCGUCCGCACGAACUGGUCCAAGCAGUUUGGUGACCCUGAUGCCGACCAAGUCAUUGAAGGAACUAACGGGGCAACUGUCGGAGGCAUGAAAGACGUCAACAACGUGAUCCGCCGGCUGCUAAGCGUCGUCGAGAUACCUGUGUUCGGAGGCGCCGUCCUGGCGCUGAUCAUCAUCGGCGAGCGCAAUUUCUGGAGCGAACCGGUACAAUACCAAACGGAACCACCUGCCAAUAUUGGCCAAUGGAACAGCAUACUGGCAAGCGUGUUUGCAGCGUCCGGCUCCUUGUACAUGCUGGUGUCCGCGUAUUUGAAGAAAGUGGAAGAGGGGACACCGGUUGUCCAUUCCGCAGGCCCCUGCGACUGUCGCUGCCAUGAGCAUAGCGGCAGCCGGUCUGACUCCUCUUCAACUGAUCAUCCCCUCACUGUAGAGAUCCCACGGGAACCGCCGUCGGCAAGGAUGACAGAUACCGAACUCAGUGUUGGCCGAUGCGACAGUUCUCCCAGCCACCUACCGACUGCAACACGCACCGAUACAUACCCAGACAGCAACGAAGCCGCUCGUGGGCUGGGGAUCCUUACCGUGAAUUCCAACAGCUCCGUUGGCGGAAGCAGGCAUGAGGUCACCAAAGCACUGAUGAAGUUUGCCAACGCGCUCGGCACUGCCUCACCAGAUCGUUUCGACGACUCGGGCUUUCGGCACGGCAAAGCCACUGGCUUCCCCGAAGUCCCUGGCGAAGGCAACCGAAACAGCAAGCUACAUCAAAUCAAACAGCAAUGGGGCGAGCUCAACCCGGACGACGAUGAAGGCCUAACACCCCGCGGACGGCGCUCCCGAGCAAACAGCUUCAAUGGCAGCAUCAUCUCCCGAACCAACUCGAUCGGUCCCCGAGCACACUCGCCGCAACCGCCGCCAAAGACACAGCCAUCGGAGCCCGGUCCGUCGUUACGGGGGUUCCCAACCACCCACAGCCCCGAAAGCACUUCCGAACCGGUGUUCCCAACCCGUCCUUCUGCUGAGCUGGAACAGACGCGGUCGCAGAGUACUGUUGUCACGCUCCAUCAGGGCCCCAAUUCGCCGGUCAUUGUGCUCUCCUCGGACGACGAGCCGAGUGAUGCUUCUUUCUCAGGUGUGGUGGCCUCUCCUCCAACAAAGCAGUGGCCGCCACCAUGAUUGUGGAGGGCGGCUUCAGGCGGGCGAGAUCACUCUGAGCUGGGAGAAGAAAGGGACCCAUAGAUAGAAGUCGAUACGGCGGGCUCUCUGGAUCAAUGGUGGCUUCUACGACGACGAUACCAAAGCUGAGGAAGAUGUACUAGAGGAGAUGGCCUCACCACCGAAGAUGUCUUGCAGCGUGUUCACGAUGAUGAAUGAUUCACGCAUGAACGGAAUAAGCACAUGGGAUUGGAACUGGUUUGCCAGGUUGGGCCAAGAAGAUGACGUUCUCUGGUUUUAAAAUGUAACUACUUCCUUACAAACCAAACCAGGGUUAGAUUGUACCAAUCAUAGUACACUUACACC